CCUUUAUCGAGUUUGUACCCCGCGACGCAAUCUUUUUAUCUGGAGCGCGUUUGCUUAAGCUUAAGCCUCCCGCAGAGAGAAAUUCGGCAACACGAAAGAGCUAACCCAGGUCCGUCCGUACGCUUCUUUUACAAUAUACUCAGUUUUAGUUCACUGUUCCCUGGCAUAAUAUACAAGACACGCCCAAACUCUCUAAUCAUGACCGAGGCGCGAAUCUCGGUGCUCUGCAGCGGUAAUGGGUCAAAUCUACAGGCGCUCAUUGAUUCAUGCGCCUCUGAUGCGCCUGAUAGCAUACGAGGCAAGAUCGUGAAGGUGACGGUGAAUAGGAAAGGAGCAUAUGCGGUGAAGCGGGCUGAGAAAGCCGGCAUUCCUACGGAUUACUUUAAUCUGGUCAAGGACGGAUAUCACAAGCUCGGCGAAAAAGACGCAGCCGUGCUCAAGGAAGCAAGGCUAAAAUAUGACGCCGAUUUGGCAGAGAGAAUACUGCAGGACAAGCCAGAUCUUAUUGUUCUGGCAGGCUGGAUGCACGUCUUGACGACGAAUUUCUUACGUCCGAUCAGCGCUGCUGGUGUGCCGAUUAUCAAUCUCCAUCCCGCUUUACCAGGAAAAUAUGACGGUGCGGGUGCAAUCGAUAGGGCAUACGACGAUUUCAAGGCCGGAAAGCUCGAGGACAAUACAACUGGCAUAAUGAUUCAUUAUGUUAUUGCUGAAGUCGACCGCGGCGAACCUAUUUUGGUUCAGAAGAUCAAGAUUGAAGAGGGAGAGAGUCUACAAGAUCUCGAGCAGAAGAUCCACGGAUAUGAACACGAAUUAAUCGUGAAAGCAACUGCGCUGCUAGCGGAGAAAAUAUAUACUACAAAGGCAUCCAACGGUGUUGGCCUAUGAGACCAGAACGAAAACGCAGGGCCUGUCGGUAUUUAGGUAGAAGCUGCUUUGGCCCAGCCGAGUGAGUCUAUUGAAAUUCCUGCCGCUUGGAAGUGCGAAAUCGGUGUUACAUAUGUACAUGCAUGUAUGCAGCUAAGGUCCCGGGAUGCGAGUGAAGUUAUCCGGGGUGAGGAAAGGUAGACGAGACGGGCCGGAAAUACUACGAAUUGUUUCAAUCGUAAAACGUAUUUGGAGCUUUUUGCGGAGGAUGGAACCCCUUUCAACCAACCAGACAACCAGGAGGUAUCGGAGAUAAACGAGAAGUAAGGGGACCGCCGAUCAGAGUGGUUUUUUCACAAUAUGUACAGUCAGAUAAGGGUUCAAAAUAGGGGACUACGACGUUAAAAUCAUCCCCAAGCCCCCCAAGCCCUUCCAAGCCUGCAGGAUCAGAGGCCUCA